AUGGCUUCCCUCAUCAACGUUCGCCGCGACGUCAAAGACGCUUUCUAUCGCUACAAGAUGGAGAAGAUCGUCACCAAGAUCGAGGGCAAGGGCAACGGCAUCAAGACCGUUGUCGUCAACCUGAGCAGCGUCGCUCAGUCCCUCGCCCGUCCCGGUGCCUAUGUCAUCAAGUACUUCGGCUUCGAGCUCGGUGCCCAGACCAACGUCGACCCCGCCGACGACCGCUGGAUCAUCAACGGCUCCCACAAUGCCGCCAAGCUGCAGGACCACCUCGACGGCUUCAUCAACAAGUUCGUCCUCUGCAAGAAGUGCAAGAACCCCGAGACAGACGUCAACAUCAAGGACGGACGCAUCCUCCUCGACUGCAAGGCCUGCGGCCAGCGCUCCGAGGUCGACCUCCGCCUGAAACUCAGCGGUUAUAUUCUAAAGAACCAGCCGAAGAAGGGCAAGAAGGACAAGGCUGAGCGCAAGGCCGCCCGCCGCGCCAAGGCCAACGGUGCCAACAAGGAGAACGGGCAGGGAAGCGGAAGCGGUGGCGAAGGAUCCGAGAACGGUUCCAACGACGCCGAUGACCAGGACGUUGGUAGUGACGACGAGUUUGAGAAAAUGAAGAAGGAGGCUCCCGAGGUGGACAACUUCGAGACUCAGGAGCACGAGUGGGCUGUCGACAUGAGCGAGGGUGCCGUCAAGGCCCGUCAGGCUCAGCUUCCCGUCGAAUUCAAGCAGAAGCUCAACAUUGGCGACGAUGACGACGAGGACGGUGAGGCCACCGGCAACACCGUUUACGACGAAUUCGGCACCUGGAUCCAGGAUGAGGCGUCCUCCAAGGGCGGCAUCGAUAAUGUCGAUUCCAUUGACAUCUUUGUCAAGGCCAAGGAGCUCGGCAUCGAGGCCAAGCACCGCGCCGUCCUUGUCCUGGUCCAGACCAUCUUCGACGAGAACAUUGUCGCCCAGAUUCCCAAGCGCGCCGGCAUGAUGAAGCAGUUCAUCACCUCCGACCGCCACGAGAAGGCUCUCCUCGGCGGUACCGAGCGUCUCAUCGGCCAGCUCAGCAAGGACCACCCCGAGAUCUACAGCCAAAUCGUCAAGAUCCUCCAGCUGUAUUACAACCACGACCUGCUGAGCGAGGAGGUUGCCGUCAAGUGGGGCAGCAAGGCCAGCAAGAAGUAUACCGACCUGUCCAUCUCCAAGAAGGUCCGCAAGGCCGCCGAGCCCUUUAUCAAGUGGCUCGAGGAGGCAUCGGAGGAGGAGUCGAGCGACGAGGAGUAG